AUGAAUCCGCGAACGAUUGCCUUCAAAAAGGCUAGUUCUACGAUCAAUGUACCAUUCACCAAGGAUUUUCAGAGGAGCAUCGCAACGCGGUCAAGCAAUGGCUCGCAAAAGCCCACGCCCUUAGGAGCGGUGGCUGAAAGUAGCGGUCGGGCCAGAACAACAAUAGCAUUCAAGUCGCCAUUCGCAUCCAUCUCAGACGCGCAGAAACAACAGAAGAAACAAGACAGGGACUUUCUGCUUUCCGUUCUGGAGACAUCUGUCACUAAGCGAGAUGCACGUGCUUAUAUGAACAAGUUUGUUCCGCUCCUCCAGAAAAAGGGCGCGACAAACUUCAAGCAGCAAGCAUCUCAAACCCAAGAAAAUGGCACGAAAGAGACACAAUCUACGCUUGCAGAAGCUCAAGAUUCAACGGAGACAUUGGGCAGUGCAGCUGCAGUUUCUGAGCCUGUCUAUGUUGCCUUGGUGAAGUUUAGGGCACCCCAAGACCUCGACGACUCUACGAUGCAUGGAGUUGGAAGGACUUUGAGUCAGCUCAAGAAGCUGGGCCUGACAAGUAUUGUGGUUGUCGACUGUGAUCUCCCUUCCGAAGACGAGGCCACGCGGCGCCAGGUCACCAACAUGCAAGCCAGCCGGAUUGUGACAGCAAUCGAUGAUCAGUACGAUGAAGCGAGCGCUCGUAUUGUUCAAUCCCCGAUCAUCAUAGGAGAUGCGGCCGGCAAAGACACUUCGCCGUUUACUUCCGAAGACCUCUUCGUCGGCAACUCGAAAGAUUUGAUGGACACGCUGCAAGACGAAGCCAUCGCCGUUGUACCCUCCAUUGGUUACACGGAAGAUCUCUGCUCUUUUAGAUCCGUUGAUCCCAACGAAACUGUCAUUGCACUGGCCCGCCAGCUUUCGGGUCUUCAGUUCUUAGGCCAGCCGGCCGAGGACGACCAGCUCACGCGGCUCUUCAAGUCCGCCGAGGUGUAUAGAUUGAUCAUAUUGGAUCCUGUGGGAGGCAUUCCCGCUCUGAACAGGGCGACGGGACGACACAUGUUCCUCAACAUGGAGCAGGAGUAUGAAGAGGUUACCAAGCACCUCUCAGAGGCAUGUGAAGCACAUACGACAUCGGAUAAGCCACGAAGUGACAGUUUCUAUCAUUUGAAGAAUGCUGAGCUGGCAAGGAAGACGUUGUCGCUGCUACCGCCUACUUCCUCUGCGAUCAUAACGACACCUCAGGAGGCAGCGAACGACAGAUCGGGAGGAGAGGAUGACCUGGACUGGGCUUUAGUAUCGACCAGGAGGAAGUUGAACCCUCUCAUUCACAACCUGUUGACCGAUAGACCCGUUCAGUCGUCAUCUCUACCAUCCGGUCGUAUACGACCAGUUGUGUCGUCGAAUGGGACGUCACCACGGAUUGGCUCAUUGACAACACUAGCUAAGCGAGGCAUGCCGUUAACUAUCUUCCCAGACCCCCGCGUUGCUCCGUGGAGACCGCCGCAACCGGGCGAGAAACGCCUGAAGCUGACAGACCCAUGCAUCAAUCUUGGCCGGCUCGUGCAUCUCAUCAACGACUCAUUCGGGAGAGAGCUUGACGUUGAGCAUUACCUCAAACGAGUAGAAGACAAUCUGGCCGGCAUCAUCAUCGCCGGCGAGUAUGAAGGAGGGGCCAUACUAACGUGGGAAAGCCCGUUUGGCGAAAGUGGACCCGAGAGGGUGGCGCCAUCCAGAAUGAUUCCAUACCUCGAUAAGUUUGCUGUUCUCAGGAAAAGCCAAGGUGCCGGAGGUGUAGCGGACAUUGUCUUCAAUGCGAUGGUCCGAGAUUGUUUCCCGGACGGGGUAUGUUGGAGGAGCAGAAAAGACAACCCGGUGAACAAAUGGUAUUUCGAACGAUCGAGGGGUACCAUGAAGAUCAAGGACAUGAACUGGACCAUGUUCUGGACGACGUCGGACUUGUCUAUAGACCAGCAAAAGUAUAGGGACUACGAAAGUGUAUGCCGGGGUGUGGAGCCAUCCUGGGCGGACAACAAGCAGAUACUGGAUUAG